AAACACAGCAGACAUGAAGAAGGGCUUUUUAUUUCUGAGCGCGCGCACAGUUUACUGCUGGACUCCUUUCCGGGUUCCCCACCUGACAGAAGGAGCUCACCUUUACAGCGCUUUUACUCCGAGGACCGACGGCGUCACUCCGUCCGGCCAGCUGAUUGGACGGACAGACCUCUCCCUCUCUCUGACACACACACACACACACACACACACCUGUCUGUCUGGGUGUCCCGGAGCUGCGGGUCUGAGAUGCUCGAGGGUUUUUCUCUCCGCUUCAGUCCGCGGGAAUCCCUCUCCGCCUCCUCAUCAUCAUCACCACCACCUCAUGCUCCAGGACUUGGCCCUUGGCCCUGACACUGUUGACGUCUCCAUGGAAACCCUGGCCUCUGUUUGGACCCGUGACCCCUGUGACCCAUGUGACCUCAGCGAGAAGCGGCAAGAGCAGUCGUCUGUGUGGGAGUCUCAGUGUGUUUUUAACAGCUCUCCUCCUGCUGGUCUGAUGUGGACAGAGCAGCUCUCCCCUCACCUCCAGAGAAACAAACAGCUUCAGGACACUCUGGUGCAGAGGGAAGAGGAACUGGCCAGACUGCAGGAGGAGAACAACAAUCUCAGAGAGUUCCUCAACUCUUCUUUUGUGAGGAACCUGGAGCAAAAGGCAAAGAAACUAACCGCUGAUGGGAGGAGGAAGCUGAAGAGAAACCUGAUGUAUGUUGAUGAUGGACCUCUUCAGAACUGCAGUCAUCAGCUCCUAACAUCCCAGCAGGUCAGCAAGAGAGUCUGCAGGAAUCUCACUGCCGAGUUCUGCUCCGAGUCCUCAGAGACUACUUCCUCCUCAGAACCAAACCUGGACCUCUGGGUUCUACGAACGCUGGGACUGAAGGACCGAGACACCAUCGAUACGUCAAAUGACUCCUCCUCCUCGUCUGGAUACAGCCUCUGCAAUUUAGUUUAUGAUGCUGCAGUCACGUCUUCCUCGUCCUCUGAAUACACUUUCAACUCGUCUUUCAGCCCCUCAAUCGCCACUUCUACACCUCCUUCUGUCCACAGCUGCUGCCAAACAUCAACACAUCAAACUGAUUAUAGGUACAGUGCUGCCGAAUGCCAAGGAGCCAACUGUGGUAAUCCUGCCAAGUCACCUCAGAACUGCACAACAUCUCCGGGUCAACGCUCUGACUUCACUGCCACUGGACUGACCAGACAGUAUGAAGCUCCUGAAGCUGUGAUCAGGAGCUACAACACAUUAACUGCCUUCCAAUCUCCACCACUAACCGAAGAACUACCCUUCACCCAGUCACCAGACAGAGCAGAGAUCUGUUCCAUCACAGCCCCGAGUCGAGUCCAAACUCUGGAGGGAAACCCAGCAAAACAUCCAGAUUACUGGUCUCCACUGAGAGGCAGCCAAACACCAUCACACGACAUAAUCCACUUCAGUCCAUCAAGAGAAAGAGUCCCUUUCUCCCCCAUCUCGUCUUCGAGUCCUGUCAUGAACCAGUUAUGGACACCUGUCCGUGGCGGCAGCCCGACAAGUCUGUCAGCAGGAUCUCAGCUUCCUGCCACGCCUCAGACGCCUCGCAGCCGGACAGAUUUGGCGUUCAGUAUGUCUCUGAGCCCGUCCAGCAGCGUCAAGACCCACAGCUUCCCCCAGGGACAAGCCUUCGUUAGAAAAGACACAGAUGGAAAGUGGAACUUCACCUGGGUGCCAAGACAAGGACCAUAGGCAGCUUGAUGGUCUUCCCUCAAAAAGGACCUCAAAAGUUCCAGAUUUUGUGUUGUUGCUAACUAAACAAGCAUCCCAGGCCAAACUUUUAGGACUACAAGUCCUUGUUUAACUUGUUGCUGGCUUUUUAGACUUGGGCCUUCUGGGCCUUCAAUGUGGUGUUGAUUAUACAAGACAAUGCAAGUAGCAAAACAAAGGCCUUAAAAGACCCUUGGGCAACACUUUAGGGCCAGAUAUUUCUUCAAACAGUUCUUGAACUCCCCUCAAAGACCUUGCCGAGAUAAGGUUUGAUGGGAACUUGCUCCCUCUGAUAACCUGCCUUUUGUUUGUUAAAACAUUAUGAUCCUCACAUCAAUAAGGAUCUCAUUCAGAUUUUAAAAAAGCUGCGUUGCAUUUUGUUGCAACGUCACUCAACUCAUUAGAAAGUUUAGAAUACAAGAGAAAAAUGCAAACUUAAACUCUCGGACCAUGAGACUAACCAGCUUGUUUUUUUUUUUUACAUCUAGAGCCAAACUGUGAUUGUUAUGAAACAUUUUAGGUGUGUAGCUAAUUAGAGCCAACUUACAAUGAGUGUAACAUUGAACAUUAACAGGACUGCCUAAAAUGUUGUCUAUAUACUGAGGUUUUUAUUUAGUUCGUCUGUGAAACUGCCACAUAAAAACACCAGCAAUGACCCUAGUGCCACUUUGUGUCCCUUGUUAUAUUAAAUACAAUGCAAAACGUAAAGAAUCCAAAAUGGUGCCACAAAGCUAUAACUGCCUCAGAACAAAAACAACUGCACUAAUUUUAGUGAGUUAUUAUCAGAAAUAUGAAAGUUGGUACUAAAAAGUAACUACAGAUAACAAGCACUAAAAAUUAGAUUACAGAAAAAUACAACAAAUCAAUGUAAUGUUAAAGCUGCCACUGAAUGGUUGGUUGAUUUCCAGUUGAAGGACAUGUAAUUUGUUUAACCCUGUUUUCACUAUAAAUGGGGUUUUAAACACAUUUUGCAACAAUAUUCAAUUAUCAAACAAGAUAUUACUGGAAAUUUAUUUCUGUAAGUUGACCAGCAAUAUCUUGUAGAGCACUAGCUAGUAGUAGCAUGUAAGGCAUCUAGCUAGCAUGCCAACUAAACACAUCUAAGCACUUUUGAACACAAGAUAAGCAUCUACUGAAUUUGUGACCGACUGCAAAUGACACCACAGGGCUUUUGCACUAGCAUUUAUCACAGGUGAUAAAUUCACAUACUGGCACAUAAUUUAAGACCUCACUUGUAAAAACAACAAUUUCACAUGUUGUUGCUGUCCUGCGAGAACCAAGUAUCUCAGAAACGUCAACUUUUCCUGAACAAAGAAACACAGCUGUGUUUUCAGCUAUUAGCUUAGUAUAUUUGGCUUAGUAAGAAGGGGAAUUUUCUAAACCUAUACAGGAACCCUUUAGUUUAUCUGACAAAUUCAAAAUCACAACUUCGAGAUACACUUUGCUGUACAUGGUUUUCACUGACGAUAUAAUUUCAAACGUAUUUCACGUUUCACAUAUAGAUAUAUGUAGUUUUCGGAAAUUUCACAUCAAUAAAUUAACAACUUGAACAACAUUAACAUGAAAGUAAAUCAAUGUUGUGUUUUUUUGUUUCAUUUAAAAAAAACAAACAUGUUAAAUACAUGUCUGAAAACCACAUACUGCUUUAUCAUGUGACCUAACUCACAUGUGAAAUGUCCAAAACAUUGCAGGUGCAUAUGUUUCAAUUCAUGAUAUGUGAAAUUAUCUAAAUUGUCUAAAUGUGGACUCAUUAGAUGUGAAAAGUUGCACAUAUAAUAUUUCAUGUGAAAUUACGGGUUUCGCAUGUGCUGUCUUAUAUGUCACGUGAAAUUUCUGAAAAUAUCGUGUCUACAUCGUGUAAAAUGUGAUUACCAUGUAAAUCGUAGAAAAGGUUUCAGUCCUAGUCAUCUGGACGCUGUUUUCAGAAUCCCAUCCGGAAGUCAUUCUCAAUU